GCUUCUAACGUGCCCCUCCUCCCCGCCAUAUCACGGACCCCUUGCUCCAGCGAACAUCACCCCAUACGUAGAUUUUUGUUUCUCCUAGAUAUCCAAACAGGCCAGAAUCAUGUCUUCAUUUAGCCCAACCCAGAUCUUCGAAGAGGGCACAACGGAGGAAAAGGGUGAGAAUGCCCGCCUCACUGCCUUCGUCGGCGCCAUUGCCGUCGGGGACCUGGUAAAGAGCACUCUUGGGCCAAAGGGCAUGGACAAGAUUCUGCAGUCUGCGUCAACUGGCGAGAUUAUGGUCACAAACGAUGGUGCUACAAUCCUCAAGUCUAUCGCUCUCGAUAACGCUGCAGCAAAAGUCCUGGUCAAUAUCUCCAAGGUCCAAGAUGACGAAGUCGGUGACGGGACCACGUCCGUCGCAGUGCUCGCCGCUGAGCUGCUGCGCGAGGCCGAGAAGCUCGUCGCCCAAAAGAUCCACCCCCAGACCAUCAUCGAAGGGUACCGGAUAGCUAGCCAGGCUGCGUUAAAGGCGCUAGAGGCGUCAGCGGUAGAUCACAGCAAAAACCCAGAAGCGUUCAAGAACGAUCUCCUCGCGAUCGCCCGUACGACCCUCAGCUCGAAGGUGCUUGCCCAGGACAGAGACCACUUCGCGAAGCUGGCUGUCGAUGCCGUUCUGCGGUUGAAAGGCUCGUCCGACCUCAGCCACAUCCAAAUCAUCAAGAAGGCCGGCGGCAAGCUCAGCGAGUCAUACCUGGACGAGGGCUUCAUCCUGGACAAGAAGAUCGGCGUUAACCAGCCCAAGCGCUUGGAGAAGGCCAAGAUCCUCGUGGCCAACACAUCCAUGGACACCGACAAGGUCAAGAUCUUCGGCGCCCGGCUCAAGGUCAGCUCCACCAGCAAACUGGCGGAACUUGAGAAGGCCGAGCGGGAGAAGAUGAAGGCCAAGGUAGAGAAGAUCAAGGCGCACGGCAUCAACUGCUUCAUCAACCGGCAGCUGAUCUACAACUGGCCCGAGCAGCUCUUCACCGACGCCGGCAUCAUGUCGAUUGAGCACGCCGACUUCGACGGCAUCGAGCGGCUGGCGUUGGUGACAGGCGGCGAGAUCGCCUCCACAUUCGACCAUCCGGAGCAAGUCAAGCUCGGCCACUGCGAGCUGAUCGAGGAGGUUCUGAUCGGCGAGGACACGCUGAUCAAGUUCUCGGGCGUGGCCGCGGGCCAGGCAUGCACGAUCGUGUUGCGCGGCGCGACGGACCAGCUGCUCGACGAGGCCGAGCGGAGUUUGCACGACGCGCUAGCCGUGCUGUCGCAGACGGUGAAGGAGCCUCGCACGACGCUGGGUGGCGGCUGCGCCGAGAUGGUCAUGGCUAAGGCCGUUGAGGGCGCCGCCACACGCAUCGAGGGCAAGAAGCAGACGGCCGUGGCCGCGUUUGCCAUCGCCCUGCGCCAGCUGCCGACCAUCCUAGCGGACAACGCCGGUCUCGACUCGGGCGACCUGGUUGCGCGCCUGCGCAAGGCCAUUUACGAUGGCAUGACGACGUAUGGGUUGGAUCUCAUGACGCCCGGCGGCGGGAUUGCGGAUAUGCGGGAGCUGGGUGUGAUUGAGAGUUACAAGCUCAAGAGGGCGGUGGUGUCCUCGGCGAGCGAGGCUGCUGAGCUCCUUCUGCGUGUGGACGACAUAAUAAGAGCCGCUCCCAGGAGGCGGGAGAGGCACUGAGUGUAGGGGUGUCCGUGGCUACGACGUGUUGGACUUGUAGAGUACCAUAGGCGGACCAAAUCCAUCGCCGGAAACCAGUUAGAGGUCUGUGACGUUCUUGGACACCGUCUCCUACCAUGUGCAAAGGGUGAGAGUGAAACCGCUUAGACCCGGAUCAGGUAGGUUAGAUUCGCG